UAUGUUGACUGGGUAAAAACCAUCAGUUGUGUCAGCACUAUGCGGCGGCUCAGUCGAAAUGUUAAGAACCAAACCGACCAAAGCCAUGAUGUAGAAACUGCAAAAACUGAAGAACAUGAAACUGCACUAAAAAGCAUAAACUUCUGGAUAAAUGGAACACUAUACACAGUUGGUCCAGAAUAUGAUUUGACAAUAUCGCUGAACACGUUCAUCCGAGAUGGGCCCGGGUUAAAGGGCACAAAGGUCAUGUGUCACGAGGGAGGCUGUGGAUGCUGCACUGUGACAGUCACCAUUCCAGACCUCGUCUUCCACAAGGAGAAAACAUUCGCCAUUAACUCAUGUCUGUGUCCACUGUACAGCUGUGAUGGCUGGCAGAUCACCACGGUGGAGGGACUGGGCAGUCAGAGAACUGGCUUCCACCCGAUCCAAGACAGGUUGGCCAGGUUCAACGGCACCCAGUGUGGCUACUGCACGCCUGGCAUGGUGAUGACCAUGUAUGGACUUCUCCAAGAACAUCGUAUACCAACAAGACAAGAAGUAGAGGACAACUUUGGUGGAAACAUAUGUCGGUGUACUGGAUACAGGCCAAUCCUAGAUGCAAUGAAGUCAUUUGCUUCUGACACAACGUCACAAAAUGGAGGCUGUAUAGACAUUGAGGAUUUGAACAAACAUCUUUGUCCGAAUGCUGGAAAACCUUGCACUCAGUGUGAAAAGGCUCAUUCUCAGCAGGCUCAUUCUCAGCAGGCUCAUUCUCAGAUGGCUCAGUCUCUGCAGGCUUAUUCACAGCAGGCUCAUUCACAGCAGGCUCAUUCUCAGAUGGCUCAGUCUGUGCAGGCCCAGUCACAGGCUAAUUCACAGCAGCCUCACUCUCAGCUGGCUCACACUCAGCUGGCUCAUACUCAGACGGCUAAUUCACAGCAGGCUCAGUCACAGGCUCAUUCACAGCAGGCUCGGUCACAGGCUCAUGUAAAGAAGGGUGAAUCGCAUGCCAAGCAUGUCUGUCCUGGUCUACACAUUGAGAGACAUGAACAACACUGGUACCAGCCACACAAUCUGCAGACUCUACGUAAAAUCAUUCAGGAAAAUGCUGACAAAAGACUGAGGCUAGUUGCUGGAAACACAUCAGUAGGUAUCUACAAGAAUGAAGGCCCGUUCGAUAUCUUUGUGAAUCUGUGUCGGGUCAGAGAGUUGUUUACUGUGGAGGUGAAUCCACACAGUGUGAUGUUUGGGUCCGGUUUGACAUUGACAAACUUGAUAACAAAACUGAAGGACAUUGAUGAAAUGAAGCAAACAAAUAAUGAACACUGUUACUUUUCUCAAAUUGUGGAGCAUCUGAAAAAGAUUGGAAGCGUACAAGUUAGGAAUGUUGCCACUUGGGCCGGUAACCUGAUGGUAAAGCACGAUCAUCCAGAAUUCCCAUCGGACGUCUUCACUCCAAUGGCAGCUGUUGGUGCUAAAGUGCAUAUCUUUGAUACAAAAGAUGGAUCCAGCACAUCUUCAACUUUGUCUGAUUUCGUAAAUAGCGUGGAUAUGACGGGAAAAGUUAUAACAGGACUUGAGCUGUUCCAGCUGACCAACAAACACAAACUGAGAUUAUUUAAAAUUAUGCCACGGUCACAGAAUUCAUAUGCCUAUUUGAAUGCUGGAUUCCUAAUCAAUAUUGAUGCUUGGAAGCUGCAGGUUUUGGGGAAACCAUCAAUUGUAUUUGGUGGAAUUAGUGAAUCAAUGAUGCAUGCUGAGAAGACGGAAUCUUACAUGAAAGGGAAAGAUCUGACUGAUGCAAUUAUGAUGAAACACAUACUGGAAUUGCUGAGGAGAGAGAUAAAACCAACAAAAAAUGAGAGGCAACCCAGUCCUGAGUAUAGGCAUGAUGUGGCUGUCCACCUAUUCUUCAAGUUCAUGCUGGAGAUAUGCGAUAAGCAGCUAAAAACUCAUAAGAAUGAUUCAGGAAAGACUGACUUGUUGCGUCCCAUAUCUUCCGGCAGGCAAGCCUAUGACAUAAUUGGUGAGGAAGAAUGGCCUCUGAAGCAAGGGAUGCCCAAACUGACUGCUGCAUUACAGGCCUCUGGAGAAGCACGGUAUGUGAAUGACCUUCCUCACCUCAGUUAUGAGCUGGCGGGCUCUCUCGUUCUCACUGCACUCGGACCAGCAGUCAUUGAAAAGAUUGAUGCUUCAGCAGCUCUGGCUUUACCAGGAGUGGUGGAUUUUAUCACAGAAGAGCAUAUUCCAAGGACUGGAGUAAAUAACUACCUGAGAAAAGAACAUUUCGACAUGAAGCCAGAAGAGAUUUUCUGCAGUGGCACUGUGUUAUAUGCAGGACAAGUUGUAGGAAUUAUACUAGCUGAAACCCAGGCUCAGGCUGAUGCUGCUGCUCAAGAGGUGGAAAUUGAAUACACAGAUUUUUAUUGUCCUCUUCUGUCUAUUGCCGAUGCUGUAGAAGAAAGGAGUUUUCAUGAUUUGGGCCUCACACCAAUCAUCAUUGGUAAUCCUGCAGCAGCUUUCAAAGAUGCAAAAUUAAAGACAAUAAGUGGAGAAUGUUCCAUGGAGCCAUUAUAUCACUUCUACAUGGAAAACAAUGUUGCUCUGUGUGUUCCCAAGGAGGACGGGAUGGAUGUGUACGCUACGUCGCAAUGGCCAGACCAGGUGCAGGCUGCUGUCAGUCAGGCAAUCGGCAAACCGUUUAACUACGUAGAUGUUACAAUUCCUCGACUUGGUGGAGCGUUCGGUGGCAAGCUGAAUGGAGCAGCAAACCUUGCGGCAGCUACUGCUCUGGCAGCUUACAAAACAGAAAGACCAGUACGAUGUAACGUCAAUCUCAACACUAACAUGCAGUUCAAUGGUCUACGGUUUCCUAUUUCAGCUACAUAUAAGGCAGGAUUUGACCAGUCUGGCAAGAUUAACGUGGUUGAGGUUGAAUUAAUUCUGAACGCUGGUCACACGCCAAACUUUGCCUCCACCAUUCAUGAGAUACAGAGUCAUCUGGAUAGUGGGUAUUUUAUACCAAACUGGCAUAUCAGUGCCAAGAUAGCCAAGACAGACAGACAAGGAGGCCAACCCAUGAGAGCACCUGGGCCAUACCCGGCUGGCUUCAUAAUAGAGAGUGUCAUUGAGCAUGUGGCCAGGGCACUGGACAAGAAUCCUGUGGAAGUUAAAGAACUUAACCUGUAUAGAGACGGUCAUACGGAUAUCAAUGGCACGAUUCUUAAAAACUGUACACUGCCUAGAAUUUGGAAAGAGCUCAAAAAGUCGGCAGACAUUAGAAAGCGGAUUGGAGAUAUAUCCUUAUUUAAUAAGGUGAACCAGUGGAAGAAGAAAGGCUUGACGAUGACUCCGGAGAAGUACGGAGUGUUCUUCCUACCAUCAGGAUAUCAGUGUCAGAUCUCCAUCUACGCCCUGGAUGGCACAGUGUCUGUUAGUCAGGGUGGAGUGGAGAUGGGCCAGGGACUCUUUACAAAGGUUGCGCAGGCCGUUGCCCACUCAUUCCAAAUACCGAUUAAGAUGGUCAAGGUGAAGCCACUGACCACUCAGACCAGUCCAAACCAGGGUGUCACUGCCGGCAGCAGCUCCAGUGAGAUGUGUGUAGAGUCUGCCUUGAAGUGUUGUGAGAUACUCAAUGAAAGAAUGAAGCCUGUAAGAAAUAAAAACCAAAGCGCUACAUGGACCACCAUUGUGUCGAUGUGUGGCCAAGAGAACAUUGAUCUUUCUGCACAGGUCAAAGUAAAACCACAGUUUAAAGCAGACCAGAUCAUCAAGUAUCACAGUUAUGCAGUGAGCGUUGCUGAGGUUGAGCUGGAUGUUCUCACAGGAGAGAAUCAGAUUCUUAGAGUGGAUAUACUGUUUGAUUCUGGGGAAAGUCUGAAUCCUGAAAUAGACAUUGGUCAGAUAGAAGGAGCCUAUGUGAUGGGUCUGGGAGGAUACCUGCUGGAGAAAGUCAUCUAUGAUCCAGACACAGGCAGUGUCAUCAACAACGGAACAUGGGAUUACAAGCCUCCAACAACAAAAGAUAUUCCAAUUGAUUUUAGGAUCAAGCUGCUCUCCCUCUCACCGAAUCCUGCUGGAACAAGAUCAUCAAAAGCAUGUGGUGAGCCACCUAUGGUGCUUUCUUCUGGAGUUCUGUUUGCUCUGAAACAAGCAGUCGACGUAGCGAGAAAAGACUGCUCGUUAGAAAAACAUGUUGAGUUUGUUACACCAGUGGCACCUUUCACAGUGGAGAAAGCACAACAAGGAUGUGGAGUUUGCUUUGACAAAUUGAUAGUGUGAUCAGUUCAAGUGAUGCUGUAUUCUAAAACACUAAUUAUAAAGCAACAAUAGUACUACUGUGGUUUUAUGUUACUUUAGAACCAUUGUACAUAAUAUAUUAGAAAUGGCAUAUUUUUGCUACAUAGUGAUUGUAUUUUUUAAAACUGUUACUACAGUUAAACUAGUUAUGAAUUAGUUCUUCGAAGAACUUGUUGAUUCAGCACUUGCAAUUCAGAUACUGGUUGAAGUAAAACAGUUAUGAUACAAAGAUCAAAUCAAGUUGCUUUAAGUUCAGAUCAUUUGAGCCUUUGGAUUUUUUAUUGAAGAGAAAGAAAAAAAACAAGAUGUUAUUGAUGGAGGUUAGACUGUCUAUGAUGUACAAAAAUAGUAAAUGACAUUUCUGUUUCCUUUGCCAUUUGUAAGAAAACUGAAAAAUUACGUAAAUUGACGUAAAGCAAAUAACCAUUACUUACUGAGUCAGUGAAAUGGAGAGAUUUUUCUUUUUAUUGACUGAAUAUAUACUUUAUGUAUUGAAUUGGUUUUUGAUUAUGUCGAAUUCCAUUUAUAUUGGACAGUGCACUCAGCGGUAGACAAGGGCCUUGUUAAUUAAACUGCUUUAGAUAAAACAAAGUGAGAAAUCUAUAAUCAUACACAAAUGAAUCUAGCUGCUGUCAUAGCUAUUGCUGAUAAUUUUGUGUUUUGUCAAUUGUCAUUUUUAUUCGAUCUGUCCUGAAUUAGCAUGUUUCAGCAUGAUAUAUGAUUGGGUUAUAACUUACAUUAUCAGCACUUGUUGAUAUUACAAGACACUCGGGGAGUAUCCUCUAUGUAGUCUCAACAAAUAACCAACAUAGCAGUUGUGGGUAGUAUUAAAGGGAGCAUACCAGGCAAGUUUAGAACCACCAUCCCCUUACCAAUAACUAUGCUCCCCAACCACAUCACUGUUACUAAUGACUACCAAGAUUUGAAAUGGGUAAACAAUUUUGAUGCAGCCAAGUUUUGUUAUUAUUUGUGUUUUAUGUACAUAGGUCCAUACCCUCACCAACAGCUAUGCUCCUACUCCACCUUAGUGUCACUAACGACUAGUAUUUGUAUCAGGUAAUACAUUUUUGAUAGAGUUAGAUAUUUUAUAUACCGUAAAGCAAAAAAAAAGUGUCUAUAUUUACUGAAUUCUUUUAUAGUAGAGUUCGACUGUAUAUGAGCAGCUUGAAAAUACAAUCUAGCAUCCACACAGAUUGAAAAUAGUGCCAUUUUGUCUUCAUCAAAUAGUGUUACAAAAUGUUGUUUAGGUAUUCUGUGUAUUUAAAACAAAUCCAAAGUGGAUAAUUUCGUACCUAAAAAGAUGUAACAAUAUUAUCAACAAUUUAUCAUUCUUAAAAUGCAUAUAAAUACCGGAUUUAAUGUAAUAUAUAAUAUGUACUUUUCAAAAGCUAAGAUUGAAUAUUUUAUUCAUGUAUGUUUCAUUAACUUAACCAAGUGAAAUUAUUAUACACAUUUUUAUUGUUCUUUCAACUAUAUUUACACAAUUGUUGAAUUAUAUUUACCGAUAUAUUUUAGAGAAUUAUUCAUAUUUCAUUAUUUAAUAACUAUAUUAAUGGUUCCUUUUGGGAUAUACUUUAUUUAACAUUCUGCUUUUUUAAAUAAAAAAGUUAUUAUUGAACUUGUGUUCAUUUGUC